CACUUCCUUUAAACCAGCCCCUUCGACCGCCCCUUUCUCUCCCUAGUGCUCUCUCCAUCGCCUCUCCCCUACAAACACACAGAAGCCUUAGACUGAGGCCUUGGGUAACUCCCCUGGAUAACCAGCCACUGAAGUCUGAAGAGACAGGCUUAGUGCUGAACACUCUCUCUCCACCACAGAAAGGACAGAGUAGCUUCACCGGCUCAAGCCGAGCCAGCUUCAGGUCAACUGGACCCUGAGGACUAACAUAUCGUGUGUUUGUGCUACUGGUGCUGGUAGCCGAUCUCUCUGUCUCUUUCCUGGCCUGACAGGGUCACACAGCUCUCAGUACGCUCCUCUCAUGCUGACUGAGAAUGGAUAACAUUCAGAACGGGGUUCAGAUCGGAGACAAAAAGUUCAUCAGCAAGGCAACAGUCCUGUCCCACCUCAAAACCUACAACCUCUAUUAUGAUGGACAGAACCUGCAGUUGAGACACAGAGAGGAGGAAGGGGAGCUGAUCGUGGAGGGUUUGUUGAAUAUCUCCUGGGGCCUGCGUCGACCUAUUAGAUUGCAGAUGCAGGACGAUCACGAGCGAAUCAGGCCUCCUCCCUCCUCUACCUCCUGGCACUCCGGCUGUGCCCUGGAUAAUCAGAGCAAUGAAGGUACCCAGCAGAUCCCGCCCACCAUAGAAGUGACAGAGCACGAAAGCCAAUCAGAGGACACCAUUGUGAAGGAGGAUGAGGAAGAAGAGGAAUAUGAGAGCUCCGCCCAGCUGCUGAGGACGAAGAGCGAUGCAGGGGUUCUGAGACGGGGCCAGCGCCGGUCACCUAGUGACCAGAGAAGGUUACGACGACACCGCUUCUCCAUCAACGGACACUUCUACAAUCACAAGACUGCAGUCUUUACUCCAGCGUAUGGUUCAGUGACUAACGUGCGGAUCAACAGUUGUAUGACCACGCCUCAGGUGCUGCGAGUGCUACUUAACAAGUUUAAGAUUGAGAACAGCCCAGAUGACUUUGCGCUGUAUCUUGUACACACCAGCGGGGAGCGUGUGAAGCUGAAGCGCAGUGACUAUCCCCUGGUGUUGCGUGUGCUUCAGGGUCCAUGUGAACAGGUCAGCAGAAUCUUCCUGAUGGAGCAGGACCUGGGAGAGGAAGUCACCUAUGACGUGGCACAGUAUAUUAAGUUUGAGAUGCCAGUGCUGCAGAGUUUCAUCACCAAGCUGAUGGAGGAAGAGGACCGGGAGGUGCAGAAACUCAGGAGCAGAUAUGCAUAUCUGCGGUGUAUCAUAGAGAAGCAGUUGCAUUGUCUUCCUGAGGGGACCACCUGUAUGUGACCUGGUUUAGGGAGGGACAACCACAUCUUCACAAAACCUUCCCAAGAUCUCCCAGACCUGUUCAGCUACCCCUCCUCACCCCUGACUCCGUCCCAAGCACAAAACAGGAGUGAUCAAGAACCACCCAGAGGAGAGGCACCCAUUUCAACCUCGCCUAAUUAUCUUUCAAGACCUCCGUAGGGACAGUGUACACAUUGUGAAGCAUGCCACCCUCUUUCCUGAUUCCUGCUGUUUCUGUCCAUACCAUUUACAGACAGUACAUGCCCACUGGGCACAGAAGUCUAUUCAGCUUCUAGUUUUGAUUUAUUUCUGAUUGAGUUGUCAACUAACGUGAAUUCAACUUGAAAUUAACCCCAAAAAAUUAUAGGUGGUUGAAAAAAAUACUAAAUGCCCUUCCAUUGAUUACUUUCUGCAAAUCCAGUUGGUUUUCCACUGUAAUUCAACCUCAUCAAGUUGAUUUGGGGGGUUGAAAUGACGUGGAAACAACAUUGAUUCAAUCGGUUUUUGCCCAGUGGGUAUCCUCUUUUCUGUCCCAAUCCCUUUCUAACAUACCUGCCCCUCGGUAGUGUUAUCUGCAUAACUGUACCAUGUCAGCAAUAAUAAUAGUUUGUGGGGAAGAUAAAGGCUGGCACUUUUCAUAUGGGGGCCGGUAUGGAGCAUUGAGCCUGCCCCAUGUUCUAUCAUACCACUCUGAUGCACAAGAAUUUAAAGCACAAAACCAGCUCCCUUAGUUCUUUUGAGCUAGAUAGCACUCGAUCUCUCGCUCUCUUUCUCUGUAAUUUUCCUUUCAACAAUAUUGCUACCUGCAGAUAACUAAACUUGUCUCACCUUUUACAUCUCUCAAAACCAGAACAUACCUCAGACUCAGUGACAUCACACGCUAGAUGAGUUUCUCAGCCAGUCAGUGAGGGAGUUGAAUGACUCCUGUCCUGUGACUGUAUGUGAUGUUGAAACGUGCCUGUCCCCAGUGUGUUGCAGGACUCUCUUUAUGAUCAGCUCUAGUGAGUCUGUAACUGUAAUGUAACUUCAUGAUUGUCCACAGUUAAUCUGAAACCUCCACCUAACAUUUCUGUUACCUGUGUGUUAUGCCUCGAUCAGACCGACAGCGUCAUUGCAUCAAUGCUGCAUAAGAAAUUCUGCAGUCAAACUUUUUUCAUUAUGUAAUCCGAUGUGUGAGAUGUGUGCAACAAACGUUUAUUCACCUUUUGCUACUAUUUCUGUCAAGUCUACUCAUACAAUUUGAUGCAUACGUUUGAUUUAUCCAACAUCUGCACCACACAGAACACAGAAACUGCCUCUGCAACACAAUGCUGCAAGGCAAACGCUGUGUUCCAUUGGAAAUGAAUGUACUUCUGGUGUACCAAAACGCAAUGACGCUGUCAGUCAGAACUGUUUUUUUCACCUUUAUUUAACUUGGCAACUCCAAGAAUGUUAGCCUCGCUUGCCAGGGUUAUAAUCCCAUGGUGUGAUAUGACCUGUGUGUCUACAAACACCUGGAGACUGAAGCACAAAACAGAGAGAGGACCAGAGUUCCUUAAGAUUGUGACUUAUGUAGAUGAUGGAUCAACUACAAUAGCUCAAACGAGGGAAUGUUGUGUGUGUGUGCACGCAUAUCUAAAGCAGUACUUAGUUGCCUUGUAGAUAUUGAUCUGUGUGUGUGUAUGACUGCAUACAGGACUUUGAGAUGUGGUACAUCAAUUCUGUUACACCUACACUACUGGUCAAACGUUUUAGAACACCUACUCAUUCAAGGGUUUUUCUUUAAUUUUUAAAACUAUUUUCUACAUUGUAGAAUAAUAUUUAAGACAUCAAUACUAUGAAAUAACACAUGGAAUCCUGUAGUAAAGAAUUGGAAUCAUGUAGUAACCAAAAAGUGUUAAACAAAUCAAAAUAUAUUUUAGAUUUGAGAUUCUUCAAAUAGCCACCCUUUGCCUUGAUGUCAGCUUUGCACAUUCUUGGCAUUCUCUCAACCAGCUUCACCUGGAAUGCUUUUCCAACAGUCUUGAAGGAGUUCCCACAUAUGCUGAGCACUUGUUGACUGCUUUUCUUUCACUCUGCGGUCCAACUCAUCCUAAACCAUCUCAAUUUGGUUGAGGUCGGGGGUUGUGGAGGCCAGGUCAUCUGAUGCAGCACUCCAUCACUCUCCUUCUUGGUAAAAUAGCCCUUACACAGUCUGGAGGUGUGUUGGGUCAUUGUUCUGUUGAAAAACAAAUUAUACUCCACUAAGCCCAAACCAGAUGGGAUGGCACAUUGAGCUCUAAAAUGCUGUUGUAGCCAUACUGGUUAAGUGUGCCUUGAAUUCUAAAUAAAUCAGUGUCACCAUCAAAGCACCCCCACACAAUAACAUCUCCUCCUCCAUGCUUUACUGUGGGAAAUACACGUGCGAGAUCAUGCGUUCACCCACACCGCAUCUCACAAGACAUGGCGGUUGAAACCAAAAAUCUCCCAUUUAGACACCAGACCAAAGGACAAAUUUCCACUGGUCUAAUGUCCGUUGCUCGUGUUUCUUGGCCCAAGCAAGUCUCUUAUUAUUAUUGUUGUCCUUUUAGUAGUGGUUUCUUUGCAGCAAUUCGACCAUGAAGACCUGAUUCACACAGUCCCCUCUGAACAGUUGAUGUUGAGAUGUGUCUGUUACUUGAACUCUGUGAGGCAUUUAUUUGGGCUGUAAUUUCUGAGGCUGGUAACUAAUGAACUUAUCCUCUGCUACAGAGGUAACUCUGAGUCUUCCAUUCCUAUGGCGAUCCUCAUGAGUGCCAGUUUCAUCAUAGCGCUUGAUGGUUUUUGCGACUGCACUUGAAGAAACUUUCAAAGUUCUUGAAAUGUUCUGGUUUGACUGACCUUCAUGUCUUAAAGUAAUGAUGGACUGUCUCUUUGCUUAUUUGAGCUGUUCUUGCCAUAAUAUGGAUUUGGUAUUUUACCAAAUAGGGCUAUCUUCUGUAUACCCCCCUACCUUGUCACAACACAACUGAUUGGCUCAAACGCAUUAAGUUUUGAGCCAAUCAGAAAUUCCACAAAAUAACUUGAAGGCACACCUGUUAAUUGAAAUGCAUUCCAGGUGACUACCUCAUGAAGCUGGUUGGGAGAAUGCCAACAGUGUGUAAAGCUGUCAUCAAGGCAAAGGGUGGCUAUUUGAAGAAUCUUGAAUAUAACAUAUUUUUUGAUUUAACACUUUUGGUUACUACAUGAUUCCAUGUGUAUUUCAUAGUUUUGAUGUCUUCACUAUUAUUCUACAAUGUAGAAAAUAGUCUAAAUAAAUAAAAAACCUUGAAUGAGUAGGUGUUCUAGAACUUUUGACCGGUAGUGGAAAUCUUCCCUCAGCUUUUAAAAGGUUGCUGUAUAUUGUUUGUGAGCGCUUGUGUGCGUUCAUGCAUAUAUGUUUGUCAUUUAAAUGUCUAUUGCUUUUUCAAGACUGACACGUUUAUUUCAUGAUAUUUUAGCUGUUGUAAUGUUGCAUUCUGACUGAGCGCUCCUUUUUUUGAGGACACCCUCUUCAAAGUCAAAGACAUGCCACUAUUUGGAAAUGUAGUAUUUUUACAAUAAUUGUUAUUAUUUAAUAAAGAGUUAUCUUGAAGCAGA